UACAGAUUUUUCUUAAUUGAAAGAAAUGCACGAGGAGGAAAAGAAGUAAGACGGACACUAAAAAUAGAGCCAGUCUGUACUUCUGUACAGCCAAAGUCUGCUGUGUCUAUUGCUCCAUCUUUCAUAAAAACAAGCCCCUCUGAGUGAAAGUCCCUUUUGUCCACCGGGGAGCCUUCAGUCGACAAAUGCGUCAUCCUGAACCUCCAAAGUAUUUCUGCUCGCAAUAUUUUCCCACGUCACUCAAAUACCUGCCUGUGUCCGCGACAGCUCGCUGGGUUUGCCUCCCCAGCUUCUGCACACGCGGAGCAUCAAACAGAAGAAGAAGGGUCAUUGGCUCUGAGGAGUUGAUGACGGCGAGAGCGCACUCUUCUCCAGGAGCGCAUUUUUAGCCUUUAUUUGUCUGACUAACGCUCUGCAUCUCCGUCCUGUGGGAUGACAUUACAGUGCAAGGACUGAGAUUCGUAUUUAUGCGGUCACUUUGUUUGCUAGUAUUUAUUUUUGCUUAAUUUUGGAGGCGGAGAGCGCGUUUACUGUCCAGAAGCGCGCGGCGUGGCACACGCUGGAACAAAAAAACAGCUCAGUGCAGCGCAGGCAGGUUUCCCUUUUAAAAGCAGCAGGACAGGCAGGAGAGUUACGGAGUCUUCUCGGGGAAGCGGUGUCUGUGCGUGACAGAGACGGACUCUAAAAGAAGACGAAGAAGAAGAAAAAAAUCGGGAUACUGAGCAGAAAUCGGCAGCGGGAACUUGGAUAUGGCGCCUGUGAAGACGUUCGACCUUUUUGUUGGAGUUGUUUUAGUUUCGCAGUGUGUGUGGAAUGUGCAAGCCGAGAUCACAGCCAGUAACGGGGUACCAUACUCAUACGUGCAGGAGCAGGCGAGAGAUGAGGAUACAGAUGUUGACGUGAAGCUUUACAGUCACCGGUGGAGGAGAUGGCUCCCCCCAAAGCCUCGUAACAUGGACAGUAACAGAGCCAGUCAGGAGCAGGACCAGGAGCGUGAACAAGAGGAGCCUGAAGGCUUCCCAGGCCUGGUUUCAGCAGAGGAAGCAGACAACAGCUCCCAGAUAGAGGAGGAUACAGAUCACAACUACUACACAUCAAAAACGUACGGCCCUUCAGAUCCGAUGAGCAAGGGCUUGUGGGUAAAUAUCGACCAGAUGGACAAGGACAAAGUGAAGAUCCACGGCAUUCUGUCCAACACACACAGACAAGCUGCGAGAGUUAAUCUGUCCUUCGAUUUUCCUUUUUACGGACAUUACCUGCGUGAAAUCACAGUGGCGACCGGUG